AUUGUCCUGGGUCACAUAAUGCCAGCUGAGCGUAAAAAGCCAGCAAGUAUGGAAGAAAAAGACUCUUUACUAAACAACAAGGAAAAAGACUGCGGUGAAAGGCGGCCAGUGAGCAGCAAGGAGAAGCCAAAAGACGAUCUCAAACUCACUGCCAAGAAGGAGGUCAGCAAGGCCCCUGAAGACAAGAAGAAGAGACUGGACGAAGAUAAGAGAAAAAAGGAAGAGAAGGAGCGCAAGAAAAAAGAAGAAGAAAAGGUGAAGGCAGAGGAAGAAUCAAAGAAAAAAGAGGAAGAAGAAAAAAAGAAACAUGAAGAGGAAGAGAGAAAGAAGCAAGAGGAGCAGGCGAAACGUCAGCAAGAAGAAGAAGCUGCUCAGAUGAAAGAGAAAGAAGAAUCCGUUCAGCUUCAUCAGGAAGCUUGGGAACGACAUCAGUUAAGGAAGGAACUUCGUGGCAAAAACCAAAAUGCUCCAGACAACCGACCAGAGGAAAAUUUCUUUAGCCGCCUGGACUCAAGUUUGAAGAAAAAUACCGCUUUUGUCAAGAAACUAAAAACUAUUACGGAACAGCAGAGAGACUCCUUGUCUCAUGAUUUUAAUGGCCUAAAUUUAAGCAAAUACAUUGCAGAGGCUGUAUCUUCUAUUGUGGAAGCGAAGCUGAAAAUCUCUGAUGUGAACUGUGCUGUGCACUUGUGCUCUCUCUUUCACCAGCGUUAUGCUGACUUUGCCCCAUCACUUCUUCAGGUCUGGAAAAAACAUUUUGAAGCAAGGAAAGAGGAGAAAACGCCUAACAUUACCAAGUUAAGAACUGAUUUGCGUUUCAUCGCAGAAUUGACAAUAGUUGGGAUUUUCACUGAUAAGGAAGGUCUUUCCUUAAUCUAUGAACAGCUAAAAAAUAUUAUUAAUGCCGAUCGGGAAUCCCACACUCAUGUUUCUGUGGUGAUUAGUUUCUGUCGACAUUGUGGAGAUGAUAUUGCUGGACUUGUACCUAGGAAAGUAAAGAGUGCUGCUGAGAAGUUUAAUUUGAAUUUUCCUCCUAGUGAGAUAAUUAGUCCAGAGAAACAACAACCUUUCCAGAAUCUUUUAAAAGAGUACUUUACGUCUUUGACCAAACACCUGAAAAGGGACCACAGGGAGCUCCAGAAUACUGAGAGACAAAACAGGCGUAUUCUGCAUUCUAAAGGGGAGCUAAGUGAAGAUAGACAUAAACAAUAUGAGGAAUUUGCUAUGUCUUAUCAGAAGCUGCUGGCAAAUUCUCAAUCUUUAGCAGACCUUUUGGAUGAAAAUAUGCCAGAUCUUCCUCAAGACAAACCAACACCAGAAGAGCAUGGGCCUGGAAUCGAUAUAUUUACACCUGGUAAACCUGGAGAAUAUGAUUUGGAAGGUGGUAUAUGGGAAGAUGAAGAUGCUCGGAAUUUUUACGAGAACCUCGUUGAUUUGAAGGCUUUUGUUCCGGCCAUCUUGUUUAAAGACAAUGAAAAAAGUUGUCAGAAUAAAGAGUCCAACAAAGAUGAUUCCAAAGAGGCAAAAGAACCUAAGGAUAAUAAGGAGGUAUCAAGUCCUGAUGAUUUGGAACUUGAGUUGGAGAAUCUAGAAAUUAAUGACGACACCUUAGAACUAGAAGGUGGAGACGAAGCUGAAGAUCUUACAAAGAAACUUCUUGAUGAGCAAGAACAAGAGGAUGAAGAAGCCAGCACUGGAUCUCAUCUCAAGCUCAUAGUGGAUGCUUUCCUCCAGCAGUUGCCCAACUGUGUCAACCGAGAUCUGAUAGACAAGGCAGCAAUGGAUUUUUGCAUGAACAUGAACACAAAGGCAAACAGGAAGAAGUUGGUCCGGGCACUCUUUAUAGUUCCUCGACAAAGGUUGGAUUUGCUACCAUUUUAUGCAAGAUUGGUUGCUACAUUACAUCCCUGCAUGUCUGAUGUAGCAGAGGAUCUUUGUUCCAUGCUGAGGGGGGAUUUCAGAUUUCAUGUACGAAAAAAGGACCAGAUCAAUAUUGAAACAAAGAACAAAACUGUUCGUUUUAUUGGAGAACUAACUAAGUUUAAGAUGUUCACAAAAAAUGAUACACUGCAUUGUUUAAAGAUGCUUCUGUCAGACUUCUCUCAUCAUCAUAUUGAAAUGGCAUGUACCCUACUGGAGACGUGUGGACGGUUUCUUUUCAGAUCCCCAGAGUCUCACCUGAGGACCAGUGUACUUCUGGAGCAAAUGAUGAGAAAAAAGCAAGCAAUGCAUCUCGAUGCAAGAUAUGUUACAAUGGUAGAGAAUGCAUAUUACUACUGCAACCCACCUCCAGCUGAAAAAACUGUGAAAAAGAAACGACCUCCUCUCCAGGAAUACGUCCGGAAACUUCUGUACAAGGAUCUCUCUAAAGUUACCACUGAGAAGGUUUUAAGACAGAUGCGAAAGUUGCCCUGGCAGGACCAAGAAGUGAAAGACUAUGUUAUUUGUUGUAUGAUAAACAUAUGGAAUGUGAAAUAUAAUAGUAUUCAUUGUGUAGCCAACCUCUUAGCAGGACUAGUGCUCUACCAAGAGGAUGUUGGGAUUCAUGUUGUGGAUGGAGUUUUAGAAGAUAUUCGAUUAGGAAUGGAGGUUAAUCAACCUAAAUUUAAUCAGAGGCGUAUCAGCAGUGCCAAGUUCUUAGGAGAACUUUAUAAUUACCGAAUGGUGGAAUCAGCUGUUAUUUUCAGAACUCUUUAUUCUUUUACUUCAUUUGGUGUUAAUCCUGAUGGUUCUCCAAGUUCACUGGACCCUCCAGAGCAUCUUUUCAGAAUUAGACUAGUAUGCACUAUUUUGGAUACCUGUGGCCAGUACUUUGACAGAGGUUCCAGUAAACGAAAACUUGACUGCUUCCUUGUAUAUUUUCAGCGUUAUGUUUGGUGGAAGAAAAGUUUGGAGGUUUGGACAAAAGACCAUCCAUUUCCUAUUGAUAUAGAUUACAUGAUCAGUGAUACACUAGAACUGCUAAGACCAAAGAUCAAACUCUGUAAUUCUCUGGAAGAAUCCAUCAGGCAGGUGCAAGACUUGGAACGAGAAUUCUUAAUAAAACUAGGUAAGCAAUUAAUCACAGAUAGAAGACUACAUAAAGGGCUGAAACCUGAGAAUAAUACACAAUUAUAUCGAAGUUUUAACAUCUUUGAGGGUUCUGAUAAUGACGAUGAUGAGGGAGAGGAAGAAGAGGAAGAGAAUACAGAUUACCUUACGGAUUCCAACAAGGAGAAUGAAACUGAUGAAGAGAAUACCGAGGUAAUGAUUAAAGGUGGCGGACUUAAGCACAUACCUUGUGUAGAAGAUGAGGACUUCAUUCAAGCUCUGGAUAAAAUGAUGCUAGAAAAUCUUCAGCAAAGAAGUGGCGAAUCUGUUAAAGUGCACCAACUUGAUGUUGCUAUUCCUUUGCAUCUCAAAAGCCAGCUGAGGAAAGGGCCCCCGCUGGGUGGUGGGGAAGGUGAGGCAGAGUCUGCAGACACGAUGCCAUUUGUCAUGUUAACAAGAAAAGGCAAUAAACAGCAGUUUAAGAUCCUCAAUGUACCCAUGUCUUCCCAACUUGCUGCAAAUCACUGGAACCAACAACAGGCAGAACAAGAAGAGAGGAUGAGAAUGAAAAAGCUCACACUAGAUAUCAAUGAACGGCAAGAACAAGAAGAUUAUCAAGAAAUGCUGCAGUCUCUUGCGCAACGCCCAGCUCCAGCAAACACCAAUCGUGAGCGGCGGCCUCGUUACCAACAUCCAAAGGGAGCACCUAAUGCAGAUCUAAUCUUUAAGACUGGUGGGAGGUAA